CGACAAUCCACAUCCGAUAAACUUGAUAAGGGAGCGGACGCCACGCUACGCCUUCGUUCAACGGAACGCAGCCUUCCCUCGAAGCCGCUUGAGAUCUUUUCUUUGUUGACUUCAGAAGAAAGCACUCGGAAACCAACAUUGAAAUAGGUAGACGCUGUCGCAUGUUGUCUGAUGGGUUUUUGUCAUUUAACUGGGUCGAAGAUGGGUGCAGAUGGACGAAUUCAGGAUCCAGAAAUACUGAAUCAUCUCAACAUCGUUUCUAUCGAUCAGUUGACUAUACUGGGAUGGACGACCACAGUUUUAAGCGUGCUCCUGACUAUGGGCCGCUUGAUCAUUCAUUGGCGAAAAGUGCACAGUCUCACGCUCGACGAUCUCCUGAACACAAUGUCUGCCAUCUUAUUGAUACCUCUGAAUAUUACUUGCCUCAUAUACCUGCCCGUGGAAGUUCAAGCGCAGUCUUAUGCGCUAGGACUGACUGAUAAGAUGCCGACAUUUGAACAACUCAACUAUUCCAAUCACGUAGAGUUGGCCAUGCUGUUCCUUUUCUGGUUCGUGAUCUACUUGGUAAAAGCGAGCUUUCUGGCCCUAUUCUGGCGCUUGUUCAACAUCAGCUCCCGGUUCAGAAUGUGGUGGUGUGGCAUCACUAUAUUCACCGCUUUGAGCUUCUGUGUCACAAUUCUCAUGACUCUUUGGAGAUGUGGUAACCCAAGCGACAUCUUAACUUUUGGUGCGUGUGAAACGAUGAGUAUCGGCACUGCCAGAGCAAUCUUAAUUAUUUGGUCUGUGUUGAAUUCCAUAGGGGGCAUUGUAUUAAUGUCUUUACCUGUUUAUAUGGUAAACACGAGAAUGCUUGCGCUCGAAACACCACAGCGCGUCGGCAUCACCCUUAUAUUUGGAUUGGUAGUAGUCCACAUCAUCUUCGACAUAUUACGAACCGUGUACGCAUUAUCCCCAGACCUUGGCGUUAGAACGAAUCUAUUAGCUGUCUGGCUCAUUCUCGAGCCCAACGUUGCGGUGAUUGUUUGUGCAUUGCCUCACUAUAAGGGAAUGUUAUCUUGCGGAAAUUGCAGGAAAGCAAGAGGUAGUUCAAGCUUCAGUUUCACCAAGUCGAGAUCCAGUGCGAGGCCUCAGACCAUCGUCCCAAUGGAUUUGCAGGAUGUGAGUGGGUAUUGCUUAGAGUCACGCAGUACAGUCGAACAUGUAUGAGCCUUCCAUUAAUUAGUCAGAAUU